AAACCUUAUAAUAAUUGUCUAUUGGGGCCGAUUGGGUCUAGAGACAAGACUUGGUCUUCUGCUUCUUCUUCACCUUUCUCCCCUUUCAUAAAUAUUUCAUUUCUCAGGUUUCUAUAUAGUUUCUUCUCCACCAUUUUAUAAAUUUCCUGCUUGUCUGCUAUCUCUUACAUUAAAUCUAAACCUAAAUCAUUAGAAUCCUUAAUUACGUUUUAAAAAUCCUAACUCCCUUUUAAAAUAUAUUUUGUUUGUUUUUUCUCAGUUUGAUAUUGACAUGGCUGGUCUCGAUCUAGGCACAACUUCUCGCUACGUUCACAACGUCGAAGGCGGCGGUGUUGGACAGUUCUCCACCGACAACCACCACGAAAAUGACGGUGGAGCUGGAGGAAACCACCACCACCUCCAUCAUAACCAUAACCAUAACCAUCAUCAAGGUUUGGAUUUGAUAGCUUCUAAUGACCACUCUGGACUAGGCGGUGGCGGUGCCGGAGGAGGAAGCGGUGAGCUCGUUAUGCGGCGGCCACGUGGCCGUCCAGCUGGAUCGAAGAACAAACCGAAACCUCCGAUGAUCGUCACGCGCGAGAGCGCAAACACUCUUAGGGCUCAUAUCCUUGAAGUCGGAAGUGGCUACGACGUUUUCGAGUGUAUCUCCACUUACGCGAGGCGGAGACAGCGAGGGAUAUGCGUUCUUUCCGGAACCGGAGCCGUCACCAACGUCAGCAUCCGUCAACCGACGGCGGCCGGAGCUGUUGUGACUUUGCGUGGCACUUUCGAGAUACUUUCCCUCUCUGGAUCCUUUCUCCCGCCGCCUGCUCCUCCGGGAGCGACGAGCUUGACGAUAUUCCUCGCCGGAGCUCAGGGACAGGUCGUAGGAGGUAACGUUAUUGGAGAACUGAUUGCGGCGGGGCCGGUGAUGGUAAUGGCGGCUUCUUUUACGAACGUGGCUUACGAAAGGUUGCCUUUGGACGAGCAUGAGGAGCAGUUACAUGUCCAAAGCAGCGGAGGAAAUAUGUAUACGGAAGCCACAGGCGGAGGUGGAGGCGGAGGCUUGCCGUUCUUAAAUUUGCCAAUGAGUUUGCCUCAUAUGGGAGUUGAAAACUGGCAGGGGAAUUCCGCCGGCGCCGGUAGGGCUCCGUUUUAGCUUCUGUUUUUGUUUUUAAAACUUUAAUUUGUUUUUUUCCUAUAUUUUAUUUGUUACGGAAAUAAUGAAAUUAUGAUUUUCUUUUAA